GCAGCACGGCAGCCGCAGGAGAGAGCUGGUUCAGCGCAAAGAUGAGAGCCGUGGUGGUGGCCCUCGCCCUGCUCUGCCUGACGGGCACCCAGGCCCGCUACUUCUGGCAGCAUGAUGACCCCCAGACACCCCUGGAGCGCCUCAAGGACAUGGUGGACGUGUACCUGGAGACGGUGAAGGCCAGCGGCAAGGAUGCCAUCGCCCAGUUUGAGUCCUCUGCCGUGGGCAAACAGCUGGACCUGAAGCUGGCCGAUAACCUGGACACGCUGGGCGCAGCCGCUGCCAAGCUGCGGGAGGACAUGGCCCCCUACUACAAGGAGGUGCGGGAGAUGUGGCUGAAGGACACGGAGGCCCUGCGCCAGGAGCUGACCAAGGACCUGGAGGAGGUGAAGGAGAAGAUCCGGCCCUUCCUGGACCAGUUCUCCACCAAGUGGACGGAGGAGCUGGAGCAGUACCGCCAGCGCCUGGCGCCCGUGGCCCAGGAGCUGAAGGAGCUCACCAAGCAGAAGGUGGAGAUGAUGCAGGAGAAGCUGACCCCGGUGGCGGAGGAGGCGCGGGACCGCCUGCGCGGGCACGUGGAGGAGCUGCGCAAGAACCUGGCGCCCUACAGUGACGAGCUGCGGCAGAAGCUGAGCCAGAAGCUGGAGGAGAUCCGGGAGAAGGGCAUCCCCCAGGCCGCCGAGUACCAGGCCAAGGCGGUGGAGCAGCUCAGCAACCUGCGCGAGAAGGUGACGCCCCUGGUGCAGGACUUCAAGGAGCGCCUCACCCCCUACGCCGAGAGCCUCAAGACCCGCUUCAUCGCCCUCCUGGACGACCUCCAGAAGAGCGUGGCCUGAGCCGCCGGCCGGCGUGGCCAGGGACUGACCCCAGCCCCGCUCCUGCA